AUGUUACCUGGAACUCAGACGCGCUCACUGAAGAGUUUCAGAAACUACAAUCUGGCAAGCAGUGAAGACAGAAAGGGGCUCAAUAGUCAGUUACUGUUGGCUUUGAUGAAAACAUUCUCUGGUCCAUUUUUUUUCAUGUUAGACAAGAUGUAUGAUCUGUGCCAUGGAAUUGGUAAACAGUGCUUGGAGAGACGUGACAAAGAAUUUGCAGAGUGUGUUCAGAACUUAGUCACCCAAAAGGCAUUACUUGAUCUGGUUCAAAUAUGCAAUUUACUCAUGAGCUGGAAGUCCAUCAAGUAUAUCUCCCAAAUUAGUGUCAAUGCUGGAAACAUUAUGAUCAGACUGAUCCAAUCCCAGUGUGUAGUGGAACUGACAAUUGUUACAAACACAAAAACACUACCAGCUAACCUUCUAGUUUACAGUACAUAUACUGAUAGGUCACCUGUUACAGAAGAAGAUGAUCCUGUCAAUGCUGAGUGUGAGAUUGAGUUCUGA